AUUAACUCGCCGCUUAGCCCCGAGCGAGCAACCAGCCAAUAGAACGUGUAGCGGAAGCGACGAGGCGUCCCCCGUGUGUGGCUCUCAGGGUGGAAGACUCGCACCGCUCACUUGUCACCGGGAAAGACGAUGGAUUGUUACAGGGGUGAGUUAUAUAGAUUGUAAUGAAACCUUCCGCCAGGUGUGUGGAUAACCAGCGAGGGCGGGGCUUGUUGACCUGGGAAGAAGGAUGUGAGCUCACGUUGCGGCAGCAAGGCCCAGAGCUGAUUAAAUCCCUGUACAACUGUAUGCAGGAGAGCUAUCCUAUCAAACACUGUAUGCAGGAGAGCUAUCCUAUCAAACACUGUAUGCAGGAGAGCUAUCCUAUCACUGGCCCUAUAACUGUAUGCAGGAGUGCUAUCCUAUCAAACACUGUAUGCAGGAGAGCUAUCCUAUCAAACACUAUAUGCAGGAGAGCUAUCCUAUCAAACACUGUAUGCAGGAGAGCUAUCCUAUCAAACACUGUAUGCAGGAGAGCUAUCCUAUCAAACACUGUAUGCAGGAGAGCUAUCCUAUCACUGGCCCUAUAACUGUAUGCAGGAGUGCUAUCCUAUCAAACACUGUAUGCAGGAGAGCUAUCCUAUCACUGGCCCUAUAACUGUAUGCAGGAGGUUAUCCUAUCACUGGCCCUAUAACUGUAUGCAGGAGAGCUAUCCUAUCACUGGCCCUAUAACUGUAUGCAGGGAGCUAUCCUAUCAAACACUGUAUGCCUAUCUAUCACUGGCUAUAACUGUAUGCAGGCUAUCCUAUCAAACACUGUAUGCAGGAGAGCUAUCUAUCACUGGCCCUAUAACUGUAUGCAGGAGAGCUAUCCUAUCAAACACUGUAUGCAGGAGAGCUAUCCUAUCAUUGGCCCUAUAACUGUAUGCAGGAGAGCUAUCCUAUCAAACACUGUAUGCAGGAGAGCAAUGCUAUCAAUAACUGUAUGCAGGAGAGCUAUCCUAUCACUGGCCAUAUAACUGUAUGCAGGAGAGCAAUGCUAUCAAUAACUGUAUGCAGGAGUGCUAUCCUAUCACUGGCCCUAUAACUGUAUGCAGGAGAGCUAUCCUAUCACUGGCCCUAUAGCUGUAUGCAGGAGAGCUAUCCUAUCACUGGCCCUAUAACUGUAUGCAGGAGAGCUAUCCUAUCAGUAACUGUAUGCAGGAGAGCUAUCCUAUCACUGGCCCUAUAACUGUAUGCAGGAGAGCUAUCCUAUCAAACACUGUAUGCAGGAGAGCUAUCCUAUCAAACACUGUAUGCAGGAGAGCUAUCCUAUCAGUGGCCCUAUAACUGUAUGCAGGAGAGCUAUCUUAUCACUGGCCCUAUAACUGUAUGCAGGAGAGCUAUCCUAUCAAUAACUGUAUGCAGGAGAGCUAUCCUAUCAAACACUGUAUGCAGGAGAGCAAUGCUAUCAAUAACUGUAUGCAGGAGAGCUAUCCUAUCACUGGCCAUAUAACUGUAUGCAGGAGAGCUAUCCUAUCAAUAACUGUAUGCAGGAGAGCUAUCCUAUCACUGGCCCUAUAACUGUAUGCAGGAGAGCUAUCCUAGCAAUAACUGUAUGCAGGAGAGCUAUCCUAUCACUGGCCCUAUAACUGUAUGCAGGAGAGCUAUCCUAUCAAACACUGUAUGCAGGAGAGCAAUGCUAUCAAUAACUGUAUGCAGGAGAGCUAUCCUAUCACUGGCCAUAUAACUGUAUGCAGGAGAGCUAUCCUAUCAAUAACUGUAUGCAGGAGAGCUAUCCUAUCACUGGCCCUAUAACUGUAUGCAGGAGAGCUAUCCUAGCAAUAACUGUAUGCAGGAGAGCUAUCCUAUCACUGGCCCUAUAACUGUAUGCAGGAGAGCUAUCCUAUCAAACACUGUAUGCAGGAGAGCAAUGCUAUCAAUAACUGUAUGCAGGAGAGCUAUCCUAUCAGUGGCCCUAUAACUGUAUGCAGGAGAGCUAUCCUAUCACUGGCCCUAUAACUGUAUGCAGGAGAGCUAUCCUAUCAAACACUGUAUGCAGGAGAGCAAUGCUAUCAAUAACUGUAUGCAGGAGUGCUAUCCUAUCACUGGCCCUAUAACUGUAUGCAGGAGAGCUAUCCUAUCACUGGCCCUAUAGCUGUAUGCAGGAGAGCUAUCCUAUCACUGGCCCUAUAACUGUAUGCAGGAGAGCUAUCCUAUCAGUAACUGUAUGCAGGAGAGCUAUCCUAUCACUGGCCCUAUAACUGUAUGCAGGAGAGCUAUCCUAUCAAACACUGUAUGCAGGAGAGCUAUCCUAUCAAUAACUGUAUGCAGGAGAGCUAUCCUAUCACUGGCCCUAUAACUGUAUGCAGGAGAGCUAUUCUAUCAAACACUGUAUGCAGGAGAGCAAUGCUAUCAAUAACUGUAUGCAGGAGAGCUAUCCUAUCAGUGGCCCUAUAACUGUAUGCAGGAGAGCUAUCCUAUCAGUAACUAUGCAGGAGAGCUAUCCUAUCACUGGCCCUAUAACUGUAUGCAGGAGAGCUAUCCUAUCAAACACUGUAUGCAGGAGAGCAAUGCUAUCAAUAACUGUAUGCAGGAGAGCUAUCCUAUCACUGGCCAUAUAACUGUAUGCAGGAGAGCUAUCCUAUCAAUAACUGUAUGCAGGAGAGCUAUCCUAUCACUGGCCCUAUAACUGUAUGCAGGAGAGCUAUCCUAUCAAACACUGUAUGCAGGAGAGCAAUGCUAUCAAUAACCCUAUAACUGUAUGCAGGAGAGCUAUCCUAUCAAACACUGUAUGCAGGAGAGCAAUGCUAUCAAUAACUGUAUGCAGGAGCUAUCAUAUCAGUGGCCCUAUAACUGUAUGCAGGAGAGCUAUCCUAUCAAUAACUGUAUGCAGGAGAGCUAUCCUAUCAGUGGCCCUAUAACUGUAUGCAGGAGAGCUAUCCUAUCAAUAACUGUAUGCAGGAGAGCUAUCCUAUCACUGGCCCUAUAACUGUAUGCAGGAGAGCUAUCCUAUCAAACACUGUAUGCAGGAGAGCAAUGCUAUCAAUAACUGUAUGCAGGAGAGCUAUCCUAUCAAUAACUGUAUGCAGGAGAGCUAUCCUAUCACUGGCCCUAUAACUGUAUGCAGGAGAGCUAUCCUAUCACUGGCCCUAUAACUGUAUGCAGGAGAGCUAUCCUAUCACUGGCCCUAUAACUGUAUGCAGGAGAGCUAUCCUAUCACUGGCCCUAUAACUGUAUGCAGGAGAGCUAUCCUAUCAAACACUGUAUGCAGGAGAGCAAUGCUAUCAAUAACUGUAUGCAGGAGAGCAAUGCUAUCAAUAACUGUAUGCAGGAGAGCUAUCCUAACAAUAACUGUAUGCAGGAGAGCUAUCCUAUCACUGGCCCUAUAACUGUAUGCAGGAGAGCUAUUCUAUCAAUAACUGUAUGCAGGAUUGCUAUCCUAUCACUGGCCCUAUAACUGUAUGCAGGAGAGCUAUCCUAUCACUGGCCCUAUAACUGUAUGCAGGAGAGCUAUCCUAUCACUGGCCCUAUAACUGUAUGCAGGAGAGCUAUCCUAUCAAUAACUGUAUGCAGGAGAGCUAUCCUAUCACUGGCCAUAUAACUGUAUGCAGGAGAGCUAUCCUAUCAAACACUGAAUGCAGGAGAGCUAUCCUAUCACUGGCCUUAUAACUGUAUGCAGGAGAGCUAUCCUAUCAAACACUGUAUGCAGGAGAGCAAUGCUAUCAAUAACUGUAUGCAGGAUUGCUAUCCUAUCACUGGCCCUAUAACUGUAUGCAGGAGAGCUAUCCUAUCACUGGCCCUAUAACUGUAUGCAGGAGAGCUAUCCUAUCACUGGCCCUAUAACUGUAUGCAGGAGAGCUAUCCUAUCAAACACUGUAUGCAGGAGAGCUAUCCUAUCAAUAACUGUAUGCAGGAGAGCUAUCCUAUCACUGGCCCUAUAACUGUAUGCAGGAGAGCUAUUCUAUCAAACACUGUAUGCAGGAGAGCUAUUCUAUCAAACACUGUAUGCAGGAGAGCAAUGCUAUCAAUAACUGUAUGCAGGAGAGCUAUCCUAUCACUGGCCCUAUAACUGUAUGCAGGAGUGCUAUCCUUUUAAACACUGUAUGCAGGAGAGGAAUGCUAUCAAUAACUGUAUGCAGGAGAGCUAUCCUAUCACUGGCCCUAUAACUGUAUGCAGGAGAGCUAUCCUAUCACUGGCCCUAUAACUGUAUGCAGGAGAGCUAUCCGAUCACUGGCCCUAUAACUGUAUGCAGGAGUGCUAUCCUAUCACUGGCCCUAUAACUAUGCAGGAGAGCUAUCCUAUCACUGGCCCUAUAACUGUAUGCAGGAGAGCUAUCCUAUCACUGGCCCUAUAACUGUAUGCAGGAGAGCUAUCCUAUCACUGGCCCUAUAACUGUAUGCAGGAGAGCUAUCCUAUCACUGGCCCUAUAACUGUAUGCAGGAGAGCUAUCCUAUCACUGGCCCUAUAACUAUGCAGGAGAGCUAUCCUAUCACUGGCAGUAUGCAGGAGAGCUAUCCUAUGGCCCUAUAACUGUAUGCAGGAGAGCCAUCCCAUCACUGGCCCUAUAACUGUAUGCAGGAGAGCUAUCCUAUCACUGGCCCUAUAACUGUAUGCAGGAGAGCUAUCCUAUCACUGGCCCUAUAACUGUAUGCAGGAGAGCUAUCCUAUCAAUAACUGUAUGCAGGAGAGCUAUCCUAUCACUGGCCAUAUAACUGUAUGCAGGAGAGCUAUCCUAUCACUGGCCCUAUAACUGUAUGCAGGAGAGCUAUCCUAUCACUGGCCCUAUAACUGUAUGCAGGAGAGCUAUCCGAUCACUGGCCCUAUAACUGUAUGCAGGAGAGCUAUCCUAUCACUGGCCCUAUAACUGUAUGCAGGAGUGCUAUCCGAUCACUGGCCAUGCUGGGUACCUCACUGAUUACAUCAUUAUUAGUGCUGUAUGUAAGAGAGCUGGGUGGCCUCUCUCUCUGUUCUAUUAGAAUGUACGGAUAUGAGGAUAUGGGGUCUGUCUGCAAUGCUCCAGGCUACACAGAUAUGUAACUGGAUAUGAGAAAAAUGUGUGGGCAUCAAUGACAUAACUGCAAGACACGAGGCUGACUGUAUCUCUGCACUGUUUAAUCAAAUACAAGUAUAAGGGUGUGUAGGCACUUGACCCCUUUCUUGAAAAAAAAAAGAGGGAUUGUAUUUAGUUUGGACUGUCCUAAAUCCUUUCUCAAUGAACCCAGCAGCAGACUACAUUAUAGACAAUGUAUGUACAAAUACAUUGGGCUUUAUUUGCAAAAUGUAGAUUAAAAAAGCCCAUCUGCACCUUGGCUGAACUGGAGAAUUUUAUCAAAUCAAUUAUUUUUGUCUAUUAUUUACAUUUAAUAUUCCAAUUCACUACAUUUCACAGUAGGGAACAGACUCCUUCAUUUUGCUUACAUCCCAACUGUCCCUAUUUAGUAAACAAAUCCCAUGUCAUGAUUCCCUUUUAUUCCAGAAGUUUGGUCCUUAAGGGGUUAAAGGACCACUAUAGGCACCCAGACCACUUCAGCUUAAUGAAGUGGUCUGGGUGCCAGGUCCAGCUAGGGUUAACCCUUUUUUCUAUAAACAAACUGCUAUGUUUAUAUUAGGGUUAAUCCAGCCUCUAGUGGCUGUCUCAUUGAAUCACUGAAAAUCACAGUGAGAAGACGCCAGCGUCCGUAGGAAAGCAUUGAUAAUGCUUUCCUAUGAGACUGGCUGAAUGCGCGUACAGCUCUUGCCGAGGAGGAGGAGAGCUCCCUGCCCAGCGCUGGAGAAAGAGGUAAGUUUAACCCCUUCCUCACCCUAGAGCCCGGCGGGAGGGGGACCCUGAGGGUAGGGGCACCCUCAGGGCACUAUAGUGCCAGGAAAAAAAGUAUGUUUUCCUUGCACUAUAGUGGUCCUUUAAACUACAAAAAAUGUGCUUGGAAAUCAGUCUGUGUAAAAAGAUACAUUGUUCUUGUUUGAAAUUACAUUUUAGUUGCAUAAAAGAUUAUUCACCUAAUAUUAUACAGAACAGCCAUGGCCCAGGCCACAACCCUAAAAUUAAAGUGUCCCUCUUUGUCUGUUUGGAAUAUCGGGAGGUAUAGGAUUGGGUUUUGGGAUAUAAUGGCCACCGGUAGGCUACCAUAUCAAUCGACCAGAGCUGCCUGUAUACAGGAAGAGCAUUUGAGCAAAUCGUCCACAGGCUGAAAAAAACACUGCUGUAUCUGUGUUGAGGUGUCUUGUCUAUAGGUCCGGGAUUUGGCCCUGAGAUGCGCUAACUAGGUUUGCAGCAGAAUAGCUGAAUACUGCCUGUAUUCACAAUGUGGGGAAAUAUGUUUGUACAUAAUGAUAUCAAAAAAAGAAGCACUUUGUGGGUUUUCCACCCGUGUGCUCCAAGCAUCAUCAAAGUGUCCAACGUACACAUUUAGUGUCUCAAAGGCAACAUAGGCCCAGCAAACCAAUCUGGAAAAUUUCAGUGUGCAAACAUGGAAAAGAGGAAAGUCCUACAUUUGACCCCUGUAAGUUUGCAAAAACCCAUAAAACCUGUAUAUUGGGGAUACUGUUGUACUCAGAUGUUUCUGAACACAUAUUGGGGUGUUCUUUGUCAGUAACACAUAACAGGAAAAGUUUGACAAAGACUGGUGGUAGAAUUAGUGCAUGGAAAGUGUUAAAAUACCACCAUUUGAAAUAUCCUAGAGUGUCUCUACUUCUCAAAAAUAUAUGGUUUGAUGGGGGUAAAUUACAUUGGCCAACUUCAAAAAAUGUCCCAUACAGGAUAUGGCUGCAUGAUGACCAGCUGUGAAAAUUCCAAGUUGGAAAACUGGAAUGCGCACCCUCCAAAUAAGGUCUUUUAGCCCCUAGAGAACCCAACACACCUUUACAUUGUGGUAUUGCCGUACUCCGGAGAUGUUGCUGAACUCAUAUUGGGGUGUUCUUUGGCAGUAACCAUUAAAGUUCCCAGUACAUGUAUUUUUAAAUUAUGUGAGCCAAAAACAUCACAAAUUAUUUUAUUUUUAAUUUGGCUUAGAUUGGUGGUAAACCGCAUGAAAAGAGUCUAAAUACCCCAAGUUUAAUACCUUAUGUUGUCUUCUUUUAACCCCUUAAGGACACAUGACAUGUGUGACAUGUCAUGAUACCCUUUUAUUCCAGAAGUUUGGUCCUUAAGGGGUUAAAGGAACACUAUAGGCACCCAGACCACUUCAGCUCAAUGAAGUCGUCUGGGUGCCAGGUCCAUCUAGGAUUAACCCUUUCUGCUGUAAACAUACCAGUUUCAGAGAAACUGCUAUGUUUUCCUAUGGGUUAAUCCAGCCUCUAGUGGCUGUCUCAUUGAUUUUCACAGUGAGAAGGGAGCUCGACGGUGGAGAAAAGGUAAGGGAUUAACCCCUCCCUCCCCCUAGAGCCCAGCGGGAGGGGGAUCCUAAGGGUGGUUGAGACUAGAGACCCUAUAGUUCCAGGAAAACGAGUAUGUUUUCCUGGCACUAUAGUGGUCCUUUAACCCCUUCAGGACGGAGUCAAUAGUGCAUGUUCUGAUCAAAACGUAAACAAAAACUGGAAUU